GGCCUCCGAGAUUAAGUGCUGGCCAAAGACUCUCAAUUGAAUAGAAGAGCGACGUUUUUCUAGGAGGCGUUGGUUGAUAAAGCCUUGGUUGAAAACAUGCCUACGCAAAGUUGUUUGUAAACGUUGUUGUAAAAGUUGUAAACGUGCAUGACUGUUGUUGAGGUGUGGAGAUGGGUGCGAGUGCUGCGUUCAGAAACUUCUCUGAAUAAGAUGGGUAUCCUGUUCGCGAAGCACAAGAAAGUGAGUCGCGUGACGGAACAAGACAAGGCCAUCCUGCAACUGAAACAGCAGAGGGACAAGAUCAAGCAGUACCAGAAGAAGAUCCUCUUUAACUUGGAGAACGAGCGUCAGCUCGCUCGAAGGCUGCUCAACGAUGGACGCAAAGAGAAAGCGAAGCUGCUCCUCAGGAAAAAGCGCUUCAUGGAAAAGGUGCUGGAAAAGACUGACGGCCAGCUAACCAACCUAGAGAAAAUGGUCCAUGAUAUCGAGUUCGCCCAAAUUGAAAUCCAAGUUGUAGAGGGACUCAAGGUCGGCAACGAGUCAUUGAAGAAGCUGCACGAGGUGCUGUCAGUGGAGGCCAUAGAAAAAAUAAUGAACGAAACACAAGAAGGCAUUGAAAAGCAAAAGGAGAUUGACGACCUAUUGAGUGGCCAACUGAGUGCCGAAGAUGACGAGGCAGUGCUAGCGGAGUUGGAGGCCCUGGUUUCGGAAGACGAGGCCCGAGCUGUUCUGGACCUGCCCCCUGUGCCUUCGGUGAAUCUUCCCAAAGGUCCACCAACAAAGGUGUGGAAGGAACAGAAGACAGAAACACUAGUUGAAGCCUAACCUGUAUUUCUGCUGUCACAGCACCCUUUUUCUUGAAACACUGUACUGUACUAUAAGAGUGUCUGAUAUUUACAGCAGGAGGUUCUGGGUAUUUAUAGUAGUUAUACUGUUUUAUUUCUUAAAAGAAACGUCACUUUCAGCUGAGAUAAAGAUGGUGUGAAAGGGGCGCUGUUGCGGCAGCACCAAGGCUCUCUGAACUCA